GACUUCCCCUCGCCGCCGAGCCGGGCUGCAUCGCGCGCUCCCCGCCCAGCCCGUACAACCCGCGCCGCGGCCGCCCCGCCGCGCUCGCAGAGGCCGCCAUGGGCCCAGCGCGCUGGCUGCUUCUGGGCAGCCUCCUCGCCCUGGCCGGGCUCCUGGAAGGCCGGCUCGUGGGCCAGGACCAAGGUGGCUUUGGCGAAUGUGACAAGUUCUUCUACGCCGCGACCCCGCCCGCGGGGCUGGCGACCGAGUCCCACGUGAAGAUCUGUCAGCGCGCGGGGGGCGCCGAGCGCUUCGCCACCCUGUACAGCCCCCGGGACCGCAUCCCCGUGUACUCGGCGUUCCGCGCCGCCCGCCCGGCACAGGGUGGCGCCGAGCCCGGCUGGCUGCUGGAGCCGCAGAUUGAUGACCCUGACAGCAACCUUGACGAGGUGAUUGAGGAGGCCGAGGCCAUCACCUCUUUGAAAAAUGUGGGAAGCAAGCAAGCCUUGAGUACGGAUUAUCUUGAUUCUGAUUACCAAAGAGGACAGCUGUACCCAUUCUCCCUCAGCAAUGAUUUACACAUGGCCACGUUCACUCUCACUAAUUCAGUUCCCAUGACCCAGUCCUUCCAGGAGCGGUGGUACAUGAAUCUCAACAGCCUCAUGGACCAGGCAUUGGCCCCGCAUUGUGGCAGUGCAGAAGACCUCUACAUCCUCACAGGCGCAGUGCCCUCUGCCCACAGACUUAAAGACAAAGUGACAGUCCCUGAGUUUGUUUGGCUGGCAGCCUGUUGUGCUGUCUCUGGAGGCGGCUGGGCCAUGGGCUUUGUCAAGCACACCCAGGGCAGUGACAUCAUAGAAGAUGUGAUGGUGAAAGAUCUUGAGAAAUUGCUUCCAUUGAACCCUCAGCUUUUCCAGAACAACUGUGGUGAAAGUGAGCAAGACACAGAGAAAAUGAAAAAAAUCCUGGAAAUGGUGAAUCAAGUCCAGGAUGAAGAGCGAAUGGUGGAGUCUCAAGGGAGUUCUGUUCCCCUGUCCAGCACUAGGAGCAAAAGAUCUGCUCUUUUGCCUCCAGAGGCAUCUGAAGAAAAGAGCAGCUUUUUAGGAAAAUUCCUGGGCUUCAUUGCUACCCCAUUCAUCAAACUUUUCCAGUUAAUUUAUUACCUCGUGGUAGCAAUCCUGAAGAACAUUUUCUAUUUCCUGUGGUAUAUUACCAAGCAGGUGAUGAACGGCAUAGAAAGUUGCCUUUACCGCCUGGGCUCAGCCACCGUCUCAUACUUUGUGGCCAUUGGGGAAGAGUUGGUAAGCAUACCCUGGAAGGUGCUCAAGGUUGUGGCCAAAAUCAUCAGAGCCAUUCUCCGGAUUCUUUGCUGUCUGCUGAAGACUGUCUGCCGUGUUCUGAGCAUCCCUGUCCGAGUCCUCAUGGAUGUGGCCAGUUUCCCGGUGUACACAAUGGGUGCAAUUCCAGUUGUCUGCAAGGACAUCGCCGUGGGCCUUGGUGGCACUGUCUCCCUGUUGUUUGACACUGCUUUUGGCACCAUGGGUGGCUUUUUCCAGGCAGUUUUUAGUGUCUUCAAAAAAAUUGGCUACAAGGUUAAUUUUGACAAUUCUGGAGAUUUAUAGAACUCAAACAACUCUACAAUGAAUUUCUUUAAAUAGAAAGCUGGAAUAUUUUAUUGUUUUGAUGGGCUUCUCUUCACUGUCAAGAAUCAUUGUGUGUUAGUUUCGGUGGGGGUGUCUGUCUAGUUUGCAAUAGAAGAUGGCAUAAAUAAGCCUCAAGGGAAAUGCUCAGGGUGAAAUUAGGUGUCGCAAUCUGCUGUGUACCUAUAGUUACAUGUGCAAAUUUCCGAGCCACUGAUAACUUCAGUUAUGCACUGUGAUACAGAUGGUAAACUUAAAUGUUCUUGUAUUCAUUAGAGUUUAAUUAGAAAGAGGACAACUUGAAACCAGGGGGUAUUAUCUUGUGUCUCCCAUCACGCUCUGAGACUUCAGGCAGAACAGAAAUAAAUACCCUUGGCUAAUUUCUUAGCAAGUAUUUCUCUUCUCUCCAUUCUUCUCCCUUUGGUAAGAACAGAUGAUGCCUCUCUGUGGACAUACUGGUGUGAAAUCCUGUAUAGCUCUUGGGUUUUCCAUGAUUCCAAAGGACCUUUAAGGUUUCAUUUUUUUCCAAAGUUGAAUUCUACUGCAUUUUUUUUUCAGUGGUGAUAACCAUUUUAUGUCAAAAUGGCCUAACAAAUUUUAAAUAUAAAGGAAAAAAAUUUUGUGUCCCUUGAAUUGUGUUAUGCAGUCUUUCCAAGUGUAAAGAAGAGGAUGCAAGUUGGCAGCCCUACUCUUAGUUGAACUGUAGAUUUAAGCAUUUCCUUAGCAAAGCUUGGAUUAACUUAACAUAUAUUACAUCUCUGACUGAUAAGAAAGAACUCAAAGAUGUACAUGUUAAGCUACUAUGAGAAUUCAUAUUCUACAACAUACUAGAUCUUUCUAAUGCAUCAAGUAAAUACUCAAUACAGUAAAACACUCUGAUUUCUAUUUGCAAAUGAUUACUUAGAUAUAGCUCUACAGGAAAGAGCCACAAAAUAAAAAUUAUUUUAGUUAUCUCUUGGUCAUUUUCUAAGCAUCAUUAUUGCUUAGAAAAAUUUUUGCACAGUGGUUGGGGCUAGAAAACAUAAUGCAAAUUAAAAUUGAGCGAUAAUUCUCAAUUUUUAGAUAAAGCACUUGUCAUCUUUAUUCACAGACUAAAAAUCGCAGGAAGGAAAUAAAACUUUGUUGUGUCUUCCACUGCUAAGAUGAAAUCAUCUGGACUUUUCUGAACAUCUUGUGAAAUUAGAAAGAACCAAAUGUGAAAUCCUGAUCUUGAGGGUACCGCCUAUGAUACAGCAGAAACUCUGAUGCAAAAAUUUAUGGUGCAGAAAGGCAAUCGGGAGACAAUGAGUCAAUGGUUUUUAUGGAAUUAGCAAAAUGAGAAUUGUGAUUGUAUCAAAAGUAACAUGUUUUUCCCCAAAUGAUUGAAUGAUACCCAAAGCAAAACAGCAGCCACCUAAUUGCCUAAUCAACGUAAGAUACAGCUUUGAGACUGUGAACCGCAGACUGGUCUAUAAAAUGGAGAGAUACACUAGAUUUUUCUAAGAACCUUAUUGAAAUGUUUUACCAUUAAGUCUAUUUCUGAGCAAAAAAUAUUACACUAAGACUUCCCUUCAUUUCUACAGUGUGAAAGGGAAAGAAAGGGUUAUCUUGGAAGUGACUAAAGAGAGAGUCUUGCAAAUUUUCAUAUGAUAAGGAACCCAAAACACAGGGAAGCAAAUGACUUCCUGAUUUUUGAUGCGCAGAUUUGGAUCCAAAGUUGUUCGCAUCUAUUCUAGCAUAGCUGGGAGGUCAGAGAAGGGGAGUCUGUGCUGUUAUUUAGCUUUCUCCUUGGGACAUGGCAGUAUUUUCAUAUCCAUCUUACCGAUUCCAGGCCUGAUUAAUCAUUUAGUUGUAUGCUGAAAAUGAUCAUUCAUGCAUGUACAACCUCAUACGUCCAAUGGAGCCUAUCUCCUCUCAGUGUACAGUUUUGUCUAAAGGUCUAAAGAAGGCAUCUAUGCUAGCUUUAGCCUCAGCACCAUCCAAAGAAACAAAGCAUCCAAACUGCUUCUUGGGAACUAUUUGGAAAUGUUUUCUUUCUCAUGUCAAAUUAUUUACUAACUAUUUAUUCUUGCAUAUUUUUAAAGGUGGGCAGGAACAAUAAACAACAGAAAAAAUAAUCUUACUGUUAAGUAGCCAAGAUUGUCCACUCUGGUUCAAUAAUGUUGGCUGUAUUGGGCCGGAAGCUUUAGCAAGAGGCUGAACUCCUGGCCUCUCCCCAGUGAGUUGCUAUGGGCUUUAAUGUAGGAGUCUGGGUAAAUGAACAUCCACUAUGGCUUGAAGAUGUUGUGUGGCACUGUUAUGUUCUCAGGUUCUUAGAAGGCCAGCCAACUCUUCCUUCUUACGGAGCUGAUUUUCUGGUUUGGGAAUCAGCCAUGCCUUUGGACACUAACUUCCAUGGUGGCUUUGGAAUGCUGACUUCCUGAUGAACAUUAACACUUCUGGCUGAAUACAGAUUAGAGAGUUCAUUCUUCCAACACAGCGCAGCCCUCUUCACCCAAUUAUUUACUCAUCUAGAAAACAUGCAUUUGUACACCACGAUUGCAGAG